CUGGAGGAAAAUAUUGCCCAGCAGAGCAGACUUGUUCUCGGCAUUACAGACGACCGGCGGUCCGGGGAGCUGCUCCAGCCCGCUUCCACAAGCCUCUGCUCGGCCUGCUGCCCGGUACCAGGUUUGGAUCGCCUCUGUGUGUAGGGGGGAAAAGGGGGGAAAGCCUGAAUCUUCGCCUGCGUGCUGGAGGUCUGGACGUGAACUUUGUUCUUCCGACCCUCCUGCCAGCCGCGAGCCUCGCUGCCGUCUUAUCCCGCAAGUCAAACUGAGCACCGCCUCGCCGGGAGCCUUCGUUUCAAUCCCAGCUCCAGUUUCCUCACAGGAGUGUGUUGCUGUUUAGGACACAACCGGCGACAACAUGGCAAAGAAAAACAGCCAAAAGGACACGUCCGGGGUUGUGUUUGACACUCGCUCCAAAAUGGUCAUGUCCCAGGGAGGAACGGCCGAGAGGAUGAAGGAGAAGAUCAGCGCCGUCAGAGCCGUCGUCCCCAACAAAAGCAACAAUGAGAUCGUUCUGGUGUUGCAGCAUUUUGAGAACUGUGUCGAUAAGGCCGUCCAGGCUUUCUUAGAAGGCAGCGCAGCCGAGAUCCUCAAAGAGUGGAAUGUGACCGGGAAGAAGAAGCCCAAGAAGAAAAAGAAGCCCAAGCCUCAGCCGGAGGCCUCGGCGGAGCCCGCCCCGCCCGAGGCCGCGUCGCCCGCCGAGGGCAAGGACGAGGUGAACGGCUUCCACGCCAACGGCUCGGUGAUGGACGGGGAGUCCCUGGACUCGCUCAGCGAGCAGCUGGACUCCGCCUCGCUGGACGCGGCCGAGCUGGACUCCGAACCCACCACGUCCGAACACACCGGUGCAGAAGCAGAAAGUCAAGGCAGCGCUCCGAGUCCCGCCUUGCCACAGACGGGCAGGAACCACCAAGCUCCCAGAGGCAGCAAGUCCCGACACAGGCCAGGGCUCAACUCCAACCCCUCCUCAUCCUCAUUCCCAUCCUCCAUCGACGAGCAAGGAUCAUCGGGAGCAAAGAAGAUCGCUCCCAACAUCGACCGCUCGGUCAAGGACCUGCAGAGAUGCACCGCCUCGCUGACUCGCUACAGGAUGGUGGUCAAAGAGGAGAUGGACUCCUCCAUCAAGAGGAUGAAGCAGACGUUCAGUGAGCUCCAGAGCUGUUUGAUGGACAGAGAAGUGACUCUCCUGGCAGAGAUGGACAAAGUGAAAGCUGAAGCCAUGGUGAUCCUGGACGCCCGGCAGAAGAAGGCGGAGGAGCUGAGGCGGCUGACCGACAAGUCGGCGUCCAUGUCGGAGGAGCAGCUGACUGAACUGCGUGCAGACAUCAAGCACUUCGUGAGCGAGCGUAAAUACGACGAAGAUCUGGGGAAAGCUGUGAGAUUCACGUUUGAUCUGGAGCCGCUGAAGACGAGCAUUUCAGGGUUUGGAUCAGUCUACCAUCCUCGUACGGGCUACUCCAACCGGUCCCGCUGCAGCUCCACGUCGUCCUCCGUGGCCAGCCCGAGCCUCCAGGACGCCCCUGCUGCCCCCCAGGCGCAGCCCCCGCCCAGCGAGCCCCGCCCCCCUCCUAACAAACAGAUUUUCCAGGGGAACCGGCGUACCUUCCAGGGUCAGGGCUACCACGGCGGCCAGCGGUAUAACGGCAGCAGCUACCACGACAGGAACGCCGGCCGCGCCAACCACCGCCACCAGGGCGACGGGGGCGGCGGCGGCGGCGGCUCGGCGGCGCACCACUCCAAUAGCUCCAGGGGCCCCUCCACCACCUCCUCGUCCUCCCACCACCAAGACCGGCCCGCCCACAACGGGCUGCCCCAGAGGCAGCCGCGAACGCACUGCCCUUGACGUUAGAAACGGUCUGCUCAAUCGAACCCAUCCGACCAACCCCCGCACUCCCCACGCCCCGCCCUGCCCCCCCCUCCCCUCCCUCUACUAACCCCUUUCAAUGAAGAAUAGAAUACAAGUUUACAUAUUCAGAUCAGUUGAGUUGUAGUGCCGCCUCUCGACAUCAGUCCAUUCAUCCUUCAAACUUGAAAAGCGCUCGCUGUUUUCUACAACUGCUCUUCCUUCAUUUCCUCCCCGGUUAACAGCUUCUAUCUUUACCCCCCCCCCCCACCCCCCCCCCCCCCCCCCCCCCACCCCACACCCCCACCCCCACCGAGAGAGAUCUCACUGCUUUGCAAGUUAGUUUCUGCAGCCUGACACUGAGCUGCAACAAUUUUGUGCACUAAUGAAGUGAAACUCUUAGUACUUGUUUUCAUUUUUUUUUUUUCGUCAGGAGUCUUGAUUUAAACCUGAAUGGUAAAAAAAAAAAAAAAAAAGUUUUUUUUCAGUAUCCUUGUCUCCAGAACCAUUUCAUUCAUUGCCUUCACGGUUUAAAAAACAAAAACAAAAAAAAAAAACACAGUGAACGAGCAAAAAGUUGUUCUUGUAUAAAGAAGGAUUUCUGUCACCAGAAGAGAAGACGUGCAAUCAACACUACAGACUG